CGGGCCCGCAGCGUGCAGUCAUUCGCGUGCCGACUCUCAGAGCCGACGGUUCGAAACUACCGCCAUCGUUUGUCGCGCGUUCGUGUUCGUCGUCUGUUGUCACCUUUCGCUGUUUUGGGUGCACUGGGUCUAUGUGUGUGAGUGUGUGAGUGUUUUUAGCAAACGAAUCCUUCUUCCAAGCGUGAAAGCGAGCGCUUCUUGCCGUCUAAGUGCGACAUAUUUUCCAAAAGCAGAUUGCAAAUAAAAUGUGAAACCAAGUUGGUUGGUCGCGAUCGAUCGUUGGCGAAUCCGGUUCCGGAAGUGUUGUAAAGUAACUGUGGCAAGUGGCAGAUAAAGCAAAGUGCAAGAAAAGCAUUAAAGUGUGUGUGUGUGUAUGUGUGUGUGUCUGUGCCGUGGUUAGGUAAAAUCCCUUCGCAAACCCGCGUGCUGUAGCAGCAUCCGUGUGUGCUCCCGAUGUGGUCCAGGUGAUUCUGGUACACCUUGUCUGUGUGUACGUGCGUGUGUGUGUUUCUUCCUCCUCCUUUUUGCUUGUAGAAUUUCCUCCCUCCAAUCCCCCCACCAUCUUUAAUUUUUUUCCGCAAGGGAAAAGGCGGCGAAAACAAAACCCUAUCACAGUGCCCAACAGUGGGAAGUGUUGCAGGAGUGAGUGUGUGUGUGUUCAUGUGCUUGUCUCGUGUUUUUUCUCCCCACUUUCCACCAUCUCGUGAAGCGUGUUUCUCGACAAGUUUCCCUCACUCAGCUGAUUUGAUUCCGGUUGAAAAGGCAGCUUAGUAGCAGCAGCAGCAGCAACAGCAGUAGCAACGCUUCCGCACACCUACUUUACACCGAUAGCAACAACGCGAAGACUGCCCGCAGGAACAGAGUGCGUGAAAUCAUAAAAAUGGAUAAACGAACGGGCAUGAAAAUUGGAUUACUCUGCGUGCUGCUUGGAGUGUGUUCGGCGGUGAAAAUCAUCAACCUGAAAGUUCCCUCCACCUACCUGCUAGAUCAGACGUCCAAAACGCCAGACCCGCUAAUACUGGACUGCGAGUACGAGGUGGACGAAAGCGAGAAGGGAUUCGUGUUAAAAUGGCUCCUGGACGGUCAACCGGUCUACCAGUGGAUACCGUCGAAAAAUCCUUUCCCCUUCCAAUCCUUUAAGAACCGUGUCGACACCAGCUACGUCGUGUCGCAGGAGCAUCUGCACAAGCAUCGGGCGAUGGCGAUCAUCAAACCGCUCGCCAACUUUACCGGCGAGUACAUGUGCAUCGUGCAAACGUACGCGUCCAUCGACAGGAAGUCGGCGAAGCUGAAAAUUAUCGUGCGGGAAAGUAAGUUCGAUCUAAGCUACUACCUGAAUGGCGACGGCUACAUCACGGUUGAUUGCCACGCACGAGACAUUUCUCCGCUACCCGAGCUCCAGAUACGCAUCAACUACGAGCUCUUCGAGACGGAAAACCUCAAAUCCGUCCAGGGCGAGAACGGGCUGUACAACGUGUCCAUCAGCGGCAGGAUACGAAAGGAUCAGCUCGAAUCGCCAGCCAUGAUCGAGUGUCUGCUCUCGAUACCGGAGACGAACUACAACAAACGCCGCUCGACGACGUACUACGCGCGCAAAACUAAAUCUAACAAUAAACCGCUUCCAGAAUCGCAUCUCAAAACCACUACCACUACGGUGGCGACCACGACGACGGUCGAAAUGCUGCAAGCGGCACCGGAAAACCUACAGAAGAAGGGCUUUAACGCGACCGAAACGAACGGCGCUAGCAGCAGUCUUCCGGUGCCGCUACGAACGACCACAAGCGUGCUGGCGACCGUUGUGACGAUUUUACUCAUCUUCACCUCAACGCUCUUGUAGAUGAGCUUGAAGCAGUACACCGACGUCGAGAUCCGGAACCGCCGGCUGCACCUUAACUUCAUACACAGCUAAGCAGGGCGGUUGGCUACCAUCCACCAGAUCGUGAUGCUAUCAUACUGGCACCCAGCCGGUCGGUUUUUGUUGUUCUGUUGUGUUCUAUUUUAUUACAGUCAAUCGAAAGAAAAAAACCAAAACACAGAAGUAAGUUUACAUCCGAGUUCGUAUGUGUGUCUGUGUGUAUUUGUAAGUGUAUGUGCGCGCAAUUCGUCAACGUGAUAGUCCAAACUCCAAAGCUGCUAAAUGUGCGUGUAGGCUGGUAAGUUAGAACGAUGGAACUAUUAAAGUACCGAAGUGUGUCAUACAACCCCUCAGUCGUAGUUAUUCGUUUAGUUUAAUGUGAGUGCAAGCUUUUAAACUUACUGCGACUCGUUGCAACCAAUCAAUGUUGUAGGGAAAGCGAUAGGUUACGCUUGUGUUGCAAUGUCUCUAUUUUUAAGUACAUCUUCGGUGGAAGAGUUUAAACCAGUUUAAACUCGCUGCACAAUAUAAAGCUGUCAACUACGCAGAUCAGUUCAGAGCUCGCAAAACAAGACCUUAGCAAACUUAGUUACCAACAAGCAGAGUCAUUAACGUUUAACAAACACACAAAACUGAGAAUGAUUUAGCGAACCAAAAUGAUAAUUAACCGAAAAUUUGGGAUUCAUGUUUUUUUCGUCAGCCAUGCUUAGCAAACUUACUUAAAGGUUUAAUCGUUUUUCCUGUUUCAAAAUGGGAAAGUAUAGAAUUUUUUAAAUAUUUUUUUGUUCUAUUUCAAUUCUCAACACAAACAAAAUGCUACUGAUCAGGAAUUAAACUAACGUUUAUACAUACACACAAACCUAACACCUACUUCAAAGAUGUCCCGUAUUCCAUUUUUCACUGCAGCCCUUUCGAUAUGGUGAAACACGAUUGAUAAGUUGUUAACAAUUACGUAAAAAGGCAAUUUUUUAUGUUGAUUGUAUAAAUUUAGGCGCCAUACCAUGAAGUUUGCUUGGGUUUCCAUUGCCUGGUUGGUUCCAACAGGACUACCGCUGUUGCCUUGGUACGUAUUUGAAAACAUCUUAUUUAUUCGAUACUUAGUGCAGUGUUUAACAGCUUUUGUUCUAUUUUGUUCAUCAAAAAAUCUUCUUCAAACUUUGAAACAUCCGGAUUGAACGCGUCGGUGUAUGAAAAUAUACAGAGAGCGAUAGGGAAAGAGCGAGGGAGAGAGAGUAGGAAGAAAAAAAAGCUGUAAAAAGUUCUUAUGCAUAUGAUCGAGUCGAUAUUUCAAGUAAUAACAGAAAACCAAAACAUAGAUAUUUAACUUGCAGUCGUGCACACAAAGUGGAUGACGUUUUCGGCACCGGUUCGAUUGCAAAUCGAACGACGAACAAACCAAUAGGAAAUUUAACUCUUAAGCAGCCCCAGCAAGAGGCAAUCGAACGCGGAACUCAAACCAUUGCACUGUAAAGAUUAAACCAUUAUCCUCAAAACACAACCCCCAAAUCCCUACGAAAGAGAUAAACGAUAAGGAGAACAUUACUGACAGACAGAAACACACACACAGCUAUUUUAUACAACCAAUUGUGAAUAGGGAACUAAAAGGGAACCGUGUGAUUGUGUUUUUUGCAAUACAAUCACACGUGCGACGUGCGUGUGCAAUCUGUGUGCGAGUGAAUGGAGAAACUUUGUGUGAAUGGUGCAUGCAUGGAAAAAUUUGAUGCCUUAUGAACACUUGAAGAAGAAGACGAAGAAGAAGAAGAAGAAGAA